GUGCGAGUAUUAAGGGACGGAGGGAGUAUUUUAUAAUUCCGUAGAAAUGUGAGCAACUCGGCCAACCCACGGCCUUUUAAAGCCGGGGAAAAGAACCCGAAUCUGCGAAGUAUUUUGAAACGAAGAGAAAGUAUUUACUGUAUAUUAUAAAGGCCAAAAACCACCUCAAGUGUUGAACAUUUGAACAAAUCCAGGCUACCCAACAACUUCCUCUCCGUCCGUCCGCCAAGCUGUUGAUCAAACAAAAAUGGCAGUCGACAACCGCCAUUUCAUGACUUCUUCAAACUAAUUUCUGAACUAUUGCCCUCUUUCUCUCUCCUCUUUUCAUCGAUAUUGUAGAAGUUGGAUUUGAAGAAUAAUUUAAACAAAAUGGGAAGAGGAUCAAAAGAGCGCGCAAAGGAGCGUCGUGAACGUAGGAUUACAGAAAUAUCUUUGCUUCGCACCAUGUCUUAUUCCAACCAGAGGUGGUGGUCCUCUGGAACUGUUGCGGUAGUGACUGGAGGUAACAGAGGAAUUGGCUUUGAGAUCAUUCGACAACUGGCUGGGCAUGGGAUGACAGUUAUACUUACCUCAAGAGAUACUGAAGUUGGUAUUGAGGCUGUCAAGGUUCUGCGGGAGGCUGACCUGUUGGUGGAGUUCCACCAAUUGGACAUUGUUGAUCCUCAAUCCAUCAAGGAGUUUGCUGAUUGGAUUAAAAUAACUCAUGGUGGCUUGGAUAUUUUGGUAAAUAAUGCAGGUGUUAAUUUCAAUGUUGGAUCAGAGAAUUCUGUAGAACAUGCAGAACAAGUUAUUCAAACAAACUAUUAUGGCACAAAGAAUCUAAUCGAAGCUAUGAUUCCCUUAAUGAAGCCUUCUCCUUUUGGUGCCCGUAUUGUUAAUGUCAGCUCAAGGCUUGGCCGAUUAAAUGGAAGAAGAAAUAGGAUUGAAGAUGCUACAUUGAGAGAACAACUAUCUAAUGAUGAGUUGCUUACAGAGGAAUUGAUUGAUAAUACUCUGAAAACGUUUCUGCAACAAACAAAAGAUGGUACGUGGACAUUGGGUGGGUGGCCACAAAACUCCACUGAGUACUCAAUGUCAAAGCUUGCCGUUAAUUGUUACUCCAGAUAUCUGGCAAGAAAACUAUGUGACCGACCUGAGGGUGAAAAAAUAUGUGUAAAUUGUUUUUGUCCUGGCUGGGUAAAAACAGCCUUGACAGGUUGGGCUGGUAACGUGUCGGUUGAAAUCGGGGCAGACACUGGGGUUUGGCUUGCGUUGCUCCCUGGACAUCCAGUUGUUAAUGGGAAAUUUUAUGCUGAAAGACGUGAAAUACAUUUCUGAAUUUUUUUGGGUACACCUUUAAGGUGAUAGGCAUGGUCUUUAUUGGACAGAAAUUCAUCUCAAAGAUAUCUCAGCUCAGAAGAUGUUCCUUAACCGUAUUUUUGCUGCGGAAAAGCACUAUGUGUCCACUUUGCUUCGGCCUUGGCAUUUCUAUGUAUUCGGGAUUAGAUAUCUCUCUGUACAAGAUAGCUUCCAGCAGCUCUUCUGUGAACAUGUACUACCGCCUACCAUAGUUUAUGUCUGUACAUGAUUUAUUUCUGUUUUUCUCUAUAUUUCCUGUACGUCAAUCUGGUUGUUAACUUGCUUUCCACAUUUAGAGGCUCUUGUUAACUUAAAUUUUAUGAUGAUUUUGCAAACUAUUAACUA